ACCUGCAAUUGUUAGCAUCAUCAGGUGACCUCGAUCCUUCCAAGUCUGCGAUACCUUACUCCCAAAGCUGAAGAACUGUUUAAAGGGUGAUAUUAACUUUCGUUUUUGGCAUUACUUGGAACAUAGUUAUCAGAGAUGACAAGCGUUGAAAUAGAGCUAGAACCUCUGAAUGAACAACCGCAAGAAACUGGAAAUGAAACUGUUCCUUCAGGGGGUCCGGUUGCCGCAGCGGAAGAUGUCGCCAACACCGAACCGGUUCCCCGACCCGAUGGGGGCUGGGGUUGGCUCGUCGUGCUUGGUUCUUUCAUGAACCACGUUGUAAUAGACGGUACGGCUUUCUCGAUUGGCGUCAUCUACGUGGAGCUCAUCGAUUACUUUGGCGCCUCCACGGCCGAUACGGCAUGGAUUGGAGCCAUUCAGUAUGCCAUGGUGAACUUGGCAGGUCCCGUGGCCGAGGCACUGUGCAAGACCUUUACACCCCGUACUAUAGGAAUGAUAGGCACCGUCAUCGCCGCUAUUGGGUUCAUACUCAGUAUGUUUGCCACACAGAUUUGGCAACUGUACAUAACAUUUGGCUUUCUGACAGGGUUUGGGUUCGGCUUGAAAUUUCUACCAAGCAUUGUUUGCGUCCACGAGUACUUUGAAAAAAGACAAUCUCUUGCGAUGGGGAUUGCCGUCUGUGGUACCGGGGUUGGCACUUUCGCUUUCGCACCCCUCUCCGAAUACCUUAUCGAGAUAUACGGCUGGCAAGGUGCCCUACUCAUUGAAUCCGCCAUCAUACUGCAUGGCGUUGCUUUUAGCGCCCUCUUCGUUCCUCUGGAGAAAAAAUCACGGGAGACACGGGAAGACGAGGCAUCUCUCAUAUCCAAAUUAAAGGCAGCUUGGAAAAUCACAAAGGAGCUGAUCGUUGAAAUGAUGGAUUUUAGACUUUUCAAAAACCCAAAAUUUGACGUCUACUGUGUCUGUAUGUUCCUAUUCGCUGUUGGCUACGUUGUUCCGAUGACGUACCUUCCAGAACGCGCUGUGAAACAAGGCUACUCUCCGCGAGAGGGCGCUUGGCUCGUUUCUGUUCUGGGAAUUUUAAACAUGCUGGGGCGCAUCUUCGUAGCCGGAGUUGGAGACCGAAAAUGCGUGAAUCGUUUCUGGAUGUUCACUAUAUGUAUCCUCAUCAGUGGUGUUAUAACCGGUGGAAGCUUUUUGGCAAAUUACAUCUACUGGCUGCAGAUGACGUAUUCUGGGUGUUACGGUUUUAUGAUAGGUAUCUUCAUUUCUUUGGAGUCUGUCGUGUUAAGAGAUUUAAUCAGCCUUGAGAACCUGACCAAGGGCUAUGGUUUGGCCAUAUUUGUUGGUUAUGGGAUAGGGUCAUUGGUCGCUACGCCAUUCACUGGCUGGAUCUUUGAUGUGACCCAAAAUUACGACAACUCGUUCUUGGUUUCGGGAGGGCUUCUGGUGGCAAGUGCUCUUUCCAUGGUACUCAUACCUUGUUUGAAGCGAUGUGAUGCCAGGACGGAAACUCCAGCAAAUUGACCUCUGACCCGGUUCGUCCGUCCAACAUACUGACAUUCGUUAAUUUCUGUAAUUACUACUGGAUACUUGCACCUGAUAUAUAAUACUGAGAAAUGCUCCCAUAAUUCAGCCAGAAAAGGCCAAUAGGGAAGAAUAAAGACCAGAGACCUCUUCAUUUACCUGGUCACGCAAUUUAUUAUGCAUAAUGAACUUUAUCAGUGCACAGUUUUUAUAUCAAUGUUCUAAAUUAUUUCUGUAUAAUGCAGGUGGUAUUUUGCUUGUUUUAAGCGUUUUUGAUAUCAUUAACGGAAUUUACCGCACAGCCAACAAAAAAAAGUACUGCCAUAUUUACACAGAGACGAUUUUUUGUUAAUUUUUACCUUCUCAAAUUAACAAAUUUCUGGUGAAAAUAAUUGUUUUUGUUUAUCAUCAACUUCUAAUUAAGCACACAAUCUGAUCAGCUUUUUAAGGAAAUAAAAUAUAUCUAAACA